UCAGGAAACCUGAGCGCUCAGUUCAGCCUGUCCCUCUGUUGUUGUUGCUGCACGCAAACAGGUGAAGGUUGAUGAUCUGAUACGUGACGCUGCGCGUGUCUCUGUGACAGCUGCUACGCCCCGAGAACACUGCACGCGCUGUGCUGUCACGGAGGGGGCGGGAGCCUCUAUACAAGCUGCCGGACUCCUGACCGGCCUGCAGCCACAGCGCACAGGCCGCCUGGCUGCCGGGCAUCAAUGUCCCGCUCACCUCCUCAGAUCCACGCCGGCAGCGAGCGUCCGUCCCCGGGUCAGCCCACGGAGAACGGAAUGGUGGUGGUGGAGGAAGCGGAGGAGGAGGAGGAUCUGGAUGAUGAGAUGGACGCAUCUCACCUGGAGAGGUUUAUGAGGGACAGGAGGAGAGCCAAGUCCCUGCCAGCCUAUCCCGCGGCGCUCCUGAACGGACCCCACGGUGGAGAGAGCAGGAAGCGCGUGAAGUUCGCUGACGCCAUGGGGCUGACCCUGGCCAGCGUGAAGCACUUCAGCUCCCUGGAGGAGCCGCAGAUCCCCAGCAAAGUUCUGUCCCGGCACAGGAGCUUCCCAUCAGAGCAGCAGGACCUCCUGAACGACCUGCGCCACAGCCUGGACACGGACCGGCUGGUCGCCUGCUUCCCGGAGCUGCGGGAGACGGAGCGCAGAGUCCGGGGGCUGCGGGUCUGCUUGGAGAAGCUCACCACCUCCCGGUUUGACGUGCGCGGCCAGAUCCGGGUCUUGAACAGCUGCACCAGCGUGGAGGUCGGAGUGAGGUACACCUUCAGCGAGUGGCUGUCUCACGUGGACGCGCAGGCUGUGCCCGUGGCGGCGGAUGAGCCGGGCUUCGUGGGGGAGCGCUUCGCCUUCACUCUCAACACGCCGCCCUUCAUGGACCCCAGCUCGGCCGUGCACUUCGCCGUUUACCUGAAGAGCGCGGAGGGGGAGUUCUGGGACAACAACGAGGGGCAGAACUACACCCUCAGGUACCGCUGCAUGCCCGGCAACACGCCCUUUGGCAGCGCCGCUUUCCACGAGUAAACCCCCUCUCCAUCCGUGCGUAAAAGCCUCGCCGAACGCCAGAGCGCUGAAAGAAAAGCUUCAACACGCAGUCGCUGCUUUCCAUCUGUGCUGUUUGCUCUUCUUCAGAUUAGUGAACCUGUGUUAAUGCCUCAGACUGCACAUCCAACAACAUGCGUAACAAACUCUUUGCUUCCCGAUUUUGAUCUUUUUGUGUUUUUCCUGCAGUCUCGCCACAAACCUCUGAAAUUCCGCCUUUAAUGUGUGUUUAAAGGACAGCAGUACAACUCAAAGACAGGUACAGGUGUGCUUCUCUCUCCCAGAGGACACUUUAAACUGCUGAUAGUUUAUCUCUUGGAUACUUUAGACUUUUGUUUGUUCAGGUAACUUCUGCUCUUGGACUGUUAGAUAUGGAUGAUGUUCUGUAAGGAUGUGCAGAUGUGUGCAGAGCAGCUUCCUGUGUAAUAACCCUGAGCUGCUCCACACUAACAGCAGAUUAAUGGGGAAACAGACUGUUGCUGAUGUAUGUGAACUUGUACUGAUCUGAUUUCUGUCAAUAAUGUUUUUACAGCUUCGGGCAGCAGGUUUCCUCUUCCUGCUCCUGAGGUCAGAGCAGAUGAUGCUUAGAGUUUAUAUGUUUGAGUUUAAGGUCAUCAACACACUUUGACUUCCUGCUUCUGUUUAAUGCUUAUAAAUAAAGUUUUUUGUGUUCUGCAGGACGUUAACGUCCCAGCUGUGAAGCACUGAUCCUCAGAUCGAGGCCUUUUGUUGCAUGUUGUUCUUCAUCUCUUUGCUGCUGACCUGAAUAAAAAGGCUCUUAAAAAGCAGAGAUCCACACCUGUAUGCAGCCGUGUGCGCUCAGAGGCAAAUAAAGAAGAAGCUGUAAGUCUGUUCUUGCUGUUUUUCUUUGCACGGCUGCAGCUUCAGGACGGUUUCCUGUCACUAACAGCAGGUCGCUCCUAAUGGAACGUUUUUAGUUCCUAACGAGCCUUAAAAUGCAGCUGAUUAUCAGAGGAACUGAUUCAAACGAGGCUCCAGGAUGUGCUUGUUAACCUGCCAGCAGAAAGAAGCUUUUCACUGCAUUCAUGUGGACUUCAUCUCUGAGCUUUAUUGGCACUGCUGUGGUCUUUCAUUCAUUUGUUGUGUGCAUUAAGUUGUGUUGCUCGUGUUUGUGUGUGCAGAUGAUCUUUGUGUUUCAGUUUUAUCCAGCGCUCUCCAUCAUCUUCUUCUGCUGUGAGGAGAAGCUUCAGCGUGAGCUGCAGACGUCUCUGAGUGCGUCUGCAUCAUUUCACGCGUCUUCCACACUAAACAGACCGACUGCUUCAGUCAGAUUCACGCUCAGAGACGACCUGCGAUCGCUCGGCCGGUUCAGUGUGAGGCUCCUGAUCCAGAGGUUAAAGUUCAAAUCCAGCUUUUAGCUGUUUUUAGUUGUUCUGUCACUAACAUGUUUUAGGAAUGACUUCCUCUGAGUGCAUGUAGGAUUUUUCUACUGCCGCCUGAACCUGUUUCUAUUUGUUCUUUUGGAGCAGCUCCAUGAAUGAAGCUCACUGACUGCAAACAUCACAAUGAAUUCUGGAUGAGUGGGAACUAUUUUGAGUGCAGACUCACAACCUGAUAGCUCUGCUGGGUAAAUCAUUACGCUCAGAGGUUCAGGGUUCAAAAGCUGUUUGGAAAAUCCAUUUUGCUCCUCCCACAGCAGCUGACAUCACGAUGCUCUUCAGCUGCUUCUGUUCUUGCUGCAGCUUUAGAUGCUCUGCAUGUUUCCUCCUGUGCUGCAGCCUCUGCUUCAUUAUCACAGUCUGAAACAUGCAGCAUGAAUCAGUGUGCACCUGCACACACACAGCAGGCUGCAGGUGUGUGUGCAUACCUGCUUCAUUGAUCUACUGAUCAGCUCCCGUUCUCCCUGCUGCUGUCUCAGAUCUGUGGAGAUGAAGAGUUAAACAGGCCUCAGCUUCAGUAAAAACUGGAGGAGCUCAGCUUUUCUGCACAGACAGAAACUUCAGUCUGAGCUGCUGCUGCUCUGAGACACAGCGUCCAGCUGGUCCCAGUGAAACGAGCUCCGGCAGCAAACUGGGAGCUGCUCACAGAGGAACUCUGGGAUCACGGUUGUCCUCACACUGCUCGCCCCGCAGCGACACGCUGAGGGUUCAGCUCACAGCUCUUUAAGAAUCACUUUGUUGGAGGAAAAUUAUCUUUGGCAUUUUUCAUAGAUUUAACUGCAGAAAUGGCAACAAAUGGUGUGUUUUUGUGACAGGCUGUGAGUAACAAAGUGCCCAAAGACACAAUUUUAAAUGUUUUCAGUCCUCUGAUUUGUGUAAUCCUGCAUUAAUAAUUAAUAAUUUCACUGUGAAGCUCCUCAAAAGCAAAAUAUAAAGACACGAGGGGAGGCUUAAGACUUCUGCACAGUACUGACAGGCUGAUCCCAAGUCAGCUCAAAGGAGAACAGCAGUGCAAUGGCCUGAAAACACAUUAAAAUAAUAUUUCAUUAUGACUGUGUGUGGAUGGACAUCCUGAUCCAGAAUCAGAUUCAGGUAACCUGCAGUGUGGCCUCCUGCCUGUCGGGGCCAAAGUCCAGUGCUGUUGACCAACCUGAGCACAUCUGUUUGGUCUGUCAACAUGGACGGAGGCUCCGAGUGAUUUUGGGAGCAGGAACCCUCAGUGCGCUUCAACCAAUCAACACAAAGACCCUGACGAUGCUUCCUCUGUUCAGCAGAUGAUCAGACCGUUUCCAUCAGUCACUACAAAAUCAAAGCUGCUCUCACCAGAGGCCACUGGAAAAUCUGACAAAUUAACAAGAAGGCCCAUCCAAUCAGACUGGCAGCAUCCCAAAUACUACAAUACCCAUGAGCCUCUGCUGCACGCUGUGGAGACGAAGCCAGGCAGAGUGAAUGAAAACAGCUUGAUAACGGGUUAGAGUGGAUGUUCCUCUCACUGAGGAGUGUCUCUACAAUCAGAGCAUCCUCUCCUCAGCGCUCACUCACAGCUUCAUUGAUCAGAGUCAGGCUGACGGAUCCAGCAGAGCGAUGGGAGCCUCUGCUUCGGUCGCUCCUUACUGGCUGGCACUCAGGUUCACAGCUGAUCUGAAACGAGGCCCUCAGGCCAGCGUCAGGAGACUCUACCUGCAUCUUCUCUGGCCUCCAAACGAUUUCAUAAAGAUUCAAUAAACAAAUCUGACUAUUUAAAGUAACAUCCAAGCACAGUGCACUCACUCAGCAAUCUGGAGCUCCGCCUUCUUGGACGGUCUGUCAGUCCAACGAAGCCACAGCAGCCAUAUUACUGGUCAGAUAAUUGUAUAAAAAUGCUCCAAAAGGCUCCAACA